GCGCUGAGGAGUGAAGAAGAAGAACGUGCAUUCCCUUAGAUUUUAAGAGGGGGAGGUUUGCCUUUGCUCAGUGUUUCUCUGCCACGAACAGUCUAAUUUUUUCCCCCAAAGUUAGUUUAAAGUUUUGCCUUUCUCCCUCAGAAAGUUUAUCACAGUGCGGUAUUUGUUCUAGGAUAUUUCGUUUGGCUUUAGUUGAACAACUUUAGGGAACCGGAUUUCUCAAAGUGAGGACCGCAGAUUUCAUCGCGUGCGAGUUGGGAUAAAGGGAUUACCCAAAACCAGCCUCACUCGCUCCGUUUCUUCAGACCUGCUUAGCUUAGGUGAGAUAAAAGAAAGUCGGCGCUAAGGCUGAAAUAAUAAGAACUGACAAAGGAAACACUUGGUUCGUGUUAUUCGUGGCUCUCGGAGUGGGGCGACAUUUUUUUUAUUUUUUUUCCACACAAGUUUUGGUUGAAAUAUGCGCAAACUUGUUAGCUAAACAUCGAUAGCUGGGCGCGUGAGAGCCUCGUUAACGCUACCAUUUGGACUACACGGUUUAUUUUGUUGCAAGUUUUUUUUAUUAAUAUUAUUUUGGAAGUUUUUCUGCAUCUAAUCUGGGCCGAGGACUCUUGUGACCAACACUGGCUGCUUCACAGCUCCCCGCCAACAAGCGGUGUUCUGUGAAUGGCGUGCAGCUGAUGUCCCAGGGAUCUGAAUGGAGUUCCAGUCGUGUAAAAGCCAACAGUUGUAGCUCCCUCAGCAGGAUGCUGAUGAGGCCGAACAUACUUCUGUUUCUGACUUUCUUUGUCCAAGUUUUAAGGACCCAGUGCCGACCUGCUAACACGGAUGAAGUCCCCACGGAAGCAGAGCUGUUCACACUGUAUCCUGGGGAUCGCCUGGAUCUGAGCUGCUCUCCCAAGGACGCCUUCCACACUGUGAACUGGACCAAAGACCAUGUUGCWCUUGUGGAUGGAGAACACACUCGGAUCCGCAACGGUCAGCUGGAGAUUGAGACAGUGGAGCUGACCGACUCUGGCCUUUAUGGAUGCACAACUUUUGGCAACCAUAGUGUCUACUUUAACGUCACAGUUGAUACCUUGGCUUCAUCUGAGGACGAUGAUGAUGAAGAGGAGUCUUCAUCAGAAGAAAACAAACAGUUGGCCAGUCAAAAGCUGAUGCCAAUGGCUCCACAAUGGGCUCAUCCGGAAAAAAUGUUGAAGCAGCUUCACGCUGUUCCAGCCAGUAAGACAGUGAAGUUUCGAUGCCAGGCCAGUGGCAACCCAACUCCUGUUCUAAAGUGGUUCAAGAAUGGGAAGGAGUUCAAGAGAGACCACCGCAUCGGAGGCUUCAAGGUUCGUGACCAUGUGUGGACCAUCAUCAUGGAAUCUGUAGUACCCUCUGAUAAGGGAAACUAUACCUGUGUGGUGGAAAACCAGUAUGGCAGCAUUAAUCACACCUACCAACUGGAUGUAGUUGAGCGUUCUCCCCACAGGCCAAUCCUUCAGGCUGGCCUGCCAGCGAAUCGCACAGUAGUGGUAGGCAACGAUGUGGAGUUUGAGUGCAAGGUGUUUAGUGACCCUCAGCCUCACAUUCAGUGGCUGAAACACAUAGAAAUUAAUGGCAGCCGUGUUGGACCUGAUGGUUUACCCUACGUUCGAGUCCUGAAGCAUUCAGGGGUGAAUAGCUCCGACGCUCAGGUGCUCACCCUCUACAAUGUGACUGAGGAGGAGAGCGGAGAGUAUAUUUGUAAAGUGUCCAAUUAUAUAGGAGAGGCCAAUCAGUCAGCCUGGCUGACUGUCAUCAAAUAUGACCCCUCAGCUGCCACACCAUACCCGCCAGCCAGCGCCACCUACUUGGAGGUGGUCAUCUACUGUGUGGGCUUCUUCAUCAUCGUCACCAUGGUUGCUAUUGCUAUAAUGGUCAAGAUGCGCUCGUCCUCAAAGAAGGGGGACUUCAACAGUCAGCUGGCUGUCCACAAGCUGGCCAAAAGCAUCCCCCUGCGCAGACAGGUAACAGUUUCUGUGGACUCGAGCUCUUCCAUCCACUCAGGAGUGAUGCUGGUCCGUCCUUCCCGCCUGUCCUCCAGUGGAACUCCGAUGCUUUCUGGAGUAUCUGAGUAUGAACUACCUCAGGAUCCUCGUUGGGAGCUGCCCAGAGACAAACUUGUUUUAGGAAAGCCACUGGGAGAAGGCUGCUUCGGUCAGGUGGUGAUGGGGGAGGCAGUGGGUCUGGACAAAGAGAAACCAAACCGUGUGACCAAGGUUGCAGUAAAAAUGUUAAAACCUGACGCCACAGAGAAAGACCUGUCAGACUUGAUUUCAGAGAUGGAAAUGAUGAAGAUCAUUGGGAAGCACAAGAACAUCAUUAAUCUGCUGGGAGCCUGCACACAGGAUGGUCCUCUGUACGUCAUAGUUGAAUAUGCAUCCAAGGGCAACCUGAGGGAGUACCUGCGAGCUCGGCGCCCCCCAGGCAUGGAGUACUGUUACAACCCAGACCAGGUUCCUGUGGAGAACAUGUCCAUGAAAGACCUGGUGUCCUGUGCUUACCAAGUUGCUCGAGGCAUGGAGUAUUUGGCUUCCAAAAAGUGCAUCCACAGAGACCUGGCUGCUCGUAACGUUCUGGUAACAGAGGACAAUGUSAUGAAAAUAGCCGACUUCGGCCUGGCGAGAGAUAUCCACCACAUUGACUACUACAAGAAGACCACCAACGGUCGUCUACCUGUCAAGUGGAUGGCUCCUGAGGCUCUGUUUGACCGGAUAUACACACACCAAAGUGAUGUCUGGUCGUUCGGGGUUUUGCUUUGGGAGAUUUUCACUCUGGGAGGCUCUCCGUACCCGGGUGUCCCAGUGGAGGAGUUGUUCAAGCUGCUAAAGGAGGGACACCGAAUGGACAAACCUUCAACAUGCACUCACCAGCUGUAUAUGAUGAUGAGGGACUGCUGGCAUGCUGUUCCCUCUCAGAGACCCACAUUCAAGCAGCUGGUAGAAGACCUGGAUCGAUGUCUCGCCAUGACAUCCAACCAGGAAUAUUUAGAGCUCUCUGUGCCUCUGGACCAAUAUUCUCCAAGCUACCCUGAAACCCGGAGCUCUACCUGCUCCUCCGGUGAGGACUCUGUCUUCUCCCACGAUGCAGGAGCAGAGGAGCCCUGCCUGCCAAAGCUGCCCCCUCACUCCAAUGGGGCAGCCAUUAAGAAACGUUGAGACCUCAUUUACGUUCACACAGGGACAUUUCCUCUGCUCCCUGCCUCAUGGGGUCGGACCUGUCCCCCACAUUCCCAGAGAUGAAGCUAAAGAACACUUACCCUCUGUGAGACGAGCUCAGAGACACUGCAGAACUUGUUGGAUCAUAUGGACUGCUGAUUGCAGCCGCGGCACUAAUGAUUUGCGGGGCACUUUGAAUUAACAAGGGUGAAAGUUUGUUGCAGUGUCUGGGAGAGAAAAAAAAGGUAGACGAACUUUUCUCUCUUUCUUUUGGGCAUUCCCAGUUUUGGUCAGGAGAACCAAAGCGAAUGACAAAGAUUGGGUCAGCUUUUGUUUCGUCUCUCUUCAAGGUCAUUUUAUUCUUUCUAGAAAACAAAGGUUUUUUUUUUUUGUUUUUUGGACCAAAUCCAUAGAAAAUGCUCCAGAGAGAUGUGGUGCACCACAGCACACUGCAUCAUUUACUUGUAAAUAAUAAAAAUAUGAAAUAUAUAUUUACUGUAUACUCUUAUUUUUAUUACCAUAAUUGAUUUAUUGCCUUUUGUACAAAGGAUAGUAUUGGUUGAUCUAUUUUCUAGUCUAAUCCAUAGGGACCAUUUUUACACCAGGGUGUUUUAAAAUACAUUUCUGUGGAUCAUGUGGCCAGUUUUUUUAUUUUUAUUUUUUUUACUGUUGAUGACCCUGAAUUUACUGAAUGAUGAUCAAUGGAAAAAUAGAUUGGGUAAUAUUGUUUUUUUAUUGUAAAUGCAUUUCAUGACAACUUGUUUGGGGUUUCUUUCAUGCAGAAGAUGAGUUUAUAAAAAUGUUUGCAUAUGUAUACAAAUGUUUGCUUGGAUGCGGUGUAUUCAAAAGGAAACCUGUCGUUUGUUGCUAAAUUGGUUAACUUCAAAUAAGGUCAUAACUGUAAAUAUUAGCUGGACACCAGGCUUGCCAAAAAUUUGUCAUCUGCUUCUGUUAACUUCAUGCACUUUUACUGUGCGUGACUUUUGUGUGAUGAACUUUCCUGUAAAUGCUUCAUCAGGAGUUAAAUUUGCUGCCGUCUAACAUCUGACGAAGCGUCGUAGAACACGUGUGUCACCGUAAAAAAAGGAUCACUUUAAAUAAAAUGUUAUUGAUAAGCAA